AUGAACAAUCGACCAGCACAAGACCAGCUGCAACAAGCAGAACAAAGGAAUCUCGAAGCUCUAGGAAACAUCCUACGGGUUGCAAAAGAAACUGAAGAAAUCGGCAACGCAACCAGUAAAGAACUUUACAUACAAGAGCAGCAAAUUGAUAGAAUCGGCAACAAGUCGAAUACAAUAUCUUCAAAUCUCGAUAAAUCUGGAAAAAUCGUCAAAAGCAUGGGAAGCUUCAUGGGCAGAGUAAAAGGCUGGUUCUCUAAAAAUUCAAAAGAAAAGGAACCAGAAAUUCAAUACCCUAAUAAUGAACCAAUACCACAGCAAAAUAAUAGAAGUUUAAGAAAUCAAGAGCCAGUUCUGGUGGUUCAACCGAAAAAACAGGUGGGAUAUAAUGAAAAAGAAGAUGAGCUUCUUGAUGAAAUAAGCCAAUCCGUUGCAAAUACGUUAAUUUCCGCAAAUUCCAUUUCUGACGCCCUUGAUAGGCAGAAUAAGAAACUUGAUGUCAUACACGAGAUAUUCUAAUUGCCCGAGGAUGGCGCUAUCUUGCGCCAUCCUCGGGCAAUUUAAAAAAUGGCCCCACACCGGGAAUCGAACCCACGUGUGGGGCCAUUUUUGGUGCGUGGAAGUCGAUGUUCUCCACUAACCAAAAAUGGCCCCACACGUGGGUUCAAUUCCCCGGUGUGGGGGCCAUUUUUGAAUUGCCCGAGGAUGGUGCAAGAUAGCGCCAUCCUCGGACAAUUACUAUAACUGAUAGAAACAAUAAAAAACUGGAAAACCUGAAUGAAAAAACUUUAAUGCUUUUAAGAUAG